AUGUCUGACUGUGGCGUUCGGUGGCGGGUGGACGAGGAUGAAGAGGAUGAAGAGUUGGAUUGGGAGUUCGAUGAUAAGGAUUCAUAUGAAGGACUCUUUAUGCCCUGGAACGAGGAAUCCAGUGUCUAUGAGUCCGAUUACGGGGAUUUCGAUGAUGAGGAGUCCAAUAUCGAGGGGUCGGAUAUCGACGACUCUGACGACGAGGAAGGGUCCGUAGAUGACGAGUCAGAUAAAGAGUAG